AUGUUAUACAUGAAUUGCGACCGAGAUCAAUGGAUGGCGUGGUUGACUCUGGAGUUUCAUUAAAUGGUGAUACUACUGGCUCCAGUCCAGAUAACAGUGAGCACAUGCAAAAUCAACAGGAUACGGAAGCACGUCGCCUUAAACGUGGUCAUGUACUCACCGAACUUUUAGAAACAGAAAGAAUCUACGUCAGUGAAAUGAGUUCAAUACUUAAGGGUUAUUGCGACCAAAUGCAAUCCAAAGAAAUGAUGCAUCUUGUACCCACUACUUUACAAGGCAAAGAAGAUAUACUUUUCGGUAAUUUACAUGAGUUGUACACAUUUCAUAACGAAGUCUUCUUACAAGAUUUGGAGAACUGUAUAUCUACCACCGAACUAGUUGCACUUUGCUUUGUACAAAGACGUGAUACUUUUUAUCGCUUGUAUUCGUUUUACUGCCAAAAUAUACCACGUUCCGAACGUUUACGUGAAACUCUUGUGGAUACACAUCUCUUUCUACAAGAAUGUCAAAAACGUUUAGGACACAAGUUACCUCUAGCAGCUUACCUAUUGAAACCUGUUCAAAGGAUAACCAAAUAUCAGUUGUUACUUAAAGAUCUGCUACGAUUUAGUGAUAGUGGCAGCUGUACGAAGGAAUUACAAAAAGCUUUGGAUUGCAUGUUAAUUGUACUGAAAUGUGUCAACGAUUCAAUGCAUCAAGUAGCAAUAACUGGAUUUCCAAACGAUCUUACAUUACAAGGAGAACUUCUGCUACAAGAUUCUUUUCAAGUUUGGACCGAGUCAAAAAAAGAUAUACGUUUACGUAUAAAACCACAACAGAGACACAUAUUUUUAUACCAAAAAUCUAUGCUUUUCUGUAAGCAGACAUCUAAACCUGGUCACAAUAAGAGCACGUAUCAGUUUAAACAUUAUUUAAAGAUGUCUCAAAUUGGUCUCACUGAAUCCGUACGUGGCGACACUAAGCGUUUUGAAGUAUGGCUACAGGGUAGACAGGAAGUACACACUCUACAGGCACCUACUAUAGAAAUUAAAAAUAAAUGGGUGACAGAAAUAAAACGCGUACUGCUCAAUCAGCUGGAAGAAUUGAAAGGAGAAAAAAUUAAGCAAUAUGGCUUAAAUCAUCGUGGCUUAAAACAGACCACUUCUUGGGAUACACCAAACAUAAUACUGGGUACACCACAACGUACGAUAAGUUGUGAUGCAUCUUCAGAAUCUUCGAAUCGGAAUUCAAACUGCAGUAGUGACGAUAAUUGCCCCAUAUCUGGAGUAACCAGUAGUAAUUUGUCAAACAAUUCUACAGAAAAAGAACAACAAGAGGCGUGCGGUUGGAGUUCCGAUUAUUCAAAUAGUGAAGAUGAGAUGUCCAUUAUUGAAGAUAAUAGCACACCGGGCAGUAAAUUUAUAGCCCUCGCAGAUUAUGUCGCAGUGGGACACUCUGAAGUCUCAAUGCGCGAAGGCGAGAUUAUUGAGCUGCUUAAGGUGGGCUGUGCUGGUUGGUGGUUUGUGCGUGUUAUAGAUUCUAAUACAGAAGGUUGGACCCCAGCGGCAUAUUUGGAAUCGAUCAAUAGAAGAUCUUCUCAGUCAUCGAGUCGGAAUCAAGAGCGAAUAAAUCCGUAAAAAUCAAACGAAUAAAAUUAUAGAGGUUAUAUAGUUUAAUUGUAAUAAAAGUGCAAUAAAUAAUUUAUAUUAUUUUUAA